AUGGAGGAAGACAAUUUUAUUCAUUUAUUAGUAAAGAAUUUACAGAUGUUAUGUCAUGACCAUUUACAGUUUAAACAAUCAUUAGAAAUAACAGGGCAUAGUUCUUUUUCAUCAAACUUUGUAGAGAUUGUAAAACUAGAGCAUCUCACAGGGACAGCUGAAACAGAUAUAUCAGUCAAACAAACAGAAAGAGAGAAAUAUGAAAAAGGUAAUAUAUUGAUUGAAAGUAUGGUAGAUGAUGAUGGUAACCAAAUAGUUGAUGAGGAUCUCCAGAAAUCUUUACAAGAUGAGGAUGAUAUGGAGAGAAUGCAUGCUGACCCAGGACAUGUUGACAUGAUAGAUGAGGCGAAAGAAAUUCCAGGAAAUGAUGAUGAUGAUGAUGAUGAAGAAGAGGAUGCUAUUGAUGAUGAAGAUGUUGAUGAUGAUCAAAUUACUGAUUGUGGUUUUGGGGAAAUCAAUAUAACAUAUAGAGUAAAUGAUGUUUCAGAAUUACCAAGUGUUAACAAGAAAAGAGGUAAAUCAGUAGCUAAAAUUGGAGAAAGAGACUUUGAUGAGCCAUAUAAGAAGGAUUUGUUAAAGCCUAAUUAUAGUUACUUUGAUCAAGAUGAAGAGGAUGAUGGAAUAGAAUAUACCAUUGUUGACAUGGCCACCAAGAAAGGUAGACCAAUGCUAAUAGACAAUAUUGGAUUUGGUUAUAAUAUUCGAAGAAACACAGACAAGACUGUUCACUGGACAUGUUCUUUACGAAAUAAACAGAUAUCUUGUGCAGCAGGUGUGCUUCAGUGCAACGACAAAUUUAAGAGAAAUAAACAUCUACAUUGUCAUCCACCAAAACCUGGUUUAUUAACUUCAACCAUUAUAGUAGCAGAGGCGAGAGCUCAAGCCAGUAAUGAUCCAGUUACACCAACAUCACUAGUCGUACAGAGAGCAAUGACAGUGAAAGGAAAAUCAGAAGAUGAAACAUUUCUACCAAGAACUUCCAAUUUAAAACGAAUGAUCAACAGAUAUAGACAGUGUAAACGUGAAGGAGGGAUACCAAAAAAGAAAGCCCGAACGGACUGUGUGAAGGUUGAGAAUCUUGAAAUUGAAUCUCAAUGAUAAGAUUUAAAUGGAAGCUUUUUGUUAUCGGCCUUUCAAAUAAUAAAAUGUUAUGGAGAUGGAGAAUAAUGGACAUUGUUUUAAAGUUUGAUUCUGAAUUCCAUUCAAAAUACAUGAAAAAUGCAGAAAAUCUAACACAUUUGCAUAGAAAAUGUCAAAGAUCAUAAUUUAAGUCAGUCAUUUUAGAGCUCCUAAUUGGAAAUAACUGGCAAAUACAGAUAAAAUAACAGCCCUAUUGAUACUGAUUUCCCUCAGUACCUGAAAUAAAUUUACGUCAAUUAUAAUUUGAAAUUCUCAACAAAGAAAUACUUUAGGAAUUCGUGGUAAAUUCUGUCCUAUAAAUCAUGUAGGUUAAUGGUGCUUCAGGGGCAGUGAUAGUGCUUUGAUUUUAGUGUUCAAUGUAUUGUUAUGGAGACUUAUAUCGGUGACAUUUAGAGUGAAUAUUAAGCCAAAAACAUGUUAACAUCUUGAGCCUAAGAAAAGGAGAUAAUUUUGAUUUGUGUAUCAUGGAUAGGAGAAUAAACAUGGCUUUUACCAAGUAUGACUUUUUGAUUGUAUAGAUCAAUUAUUUAGUAUACUGUAGACUACUCUACUAAAAAGGCUGCAUGGAUGAGAGCGAAGAUACCAACCAUUUUUUUGAAAUCACUGUUAUUAUUGAAUUUAUCAUUGUUAUUUAUUGAAAAAAUUCUUGUAAAGAU